AUGGAGUCCAAGCCGUCCGCCGCCGCGUCCUCGUCCUCGUCGGACGCGACGCCCUCCAAGAAGCGCCGCGCCGCCAGCGGAGCCGCCGACCAGGGCGCGCUGCCCGUGCCGGAGCCCGAGCGCAAGCGCGCGGGGCUGCCGCUGCUGCUGUGCUCGGCCGGCGCCGAGAACCCGAUUCUGGCGGCGCUGGGCGGCACGCCGCGCUCGCAGGCGGCCGCCGCCAAGGGCUUCGUGGAGCCGGAGCCGCUGGACCUGGCCUCGCAGACCAGCGCCGAGUCCGUGGGCGACGGCGUGAAGGAGGAGGAGGAACAGAAGCCCAGCAGCGUUGAGAUCAAGCGGGAGAAGAAGGAGGAGGUCGCUGUGGUGCAGCAGGAGCACGUGACUCAGAUCAAGAUGGAGGCGAAGACGCAGGUGCACGUGAAAGAGGAGCAAGAUGCAGCGGUGGAGACCAAGUACAGAGUCGACUCGACUCCAUUUGUUGGUAAGAGGAAACGGGACGCUGAGGGUGAGACUAAGACGGCGGACUUUGUGGCCUAUGCGAGGGAACACAUUCACAGCCAGGAGGCGGGCGAGGAGGGCUUCUCCAUCGACCCGUCGGAGCGCGCGGUGGAGCACCGCGCCAGCAAAGUGGUGCGUCGUGAGAUCUUGAUUGCGUCGCCUGCUGCGAAUGACGACGAGGACUGGGACGGGAACGCACCCCCGGAAGUGAAGAUGGAAGAGGUGGAAGCCGUGCUGACACCCUCGGAGCAUUUUGACCUGCAGCCGAUCGACAUUAUCCUGCACGUUUUCUCGUUCCUGGUGACUGCGGACGACCUGAUGAGCAUGUCGGAAGUGUCGAAGAAGUGGAAGGACCUCACCAGUCGACGAUCGCUGUACCGGUCACUCCCGAGCGUGACUCCCGAAGGAUCAGUCAACUGGAUUAACUUCAAGAACUUGGGUAUCAAGAACAAGGGGACGGAGGGCACGUGCAUUAAGUGCAGUCAACGCUCUACUGGCAAAAUUCUGGCCAUGAAGAAGGCCCGCGUAUUCCCCAAGGGAGAGGGGGUACCAUACUACAUGCUCCGCGAGCUGGCGGUGCUAAAAGGAAUCAAGCACGACCACAUCGCGUCCCUUGAACUGAUCAGCCUCGCCAAGGAUGAGCUUCACGUGUUCUUUCCAUACGUGGACAAAACAUUACACGAAAUUAUAAACCCAUCGGGUGAUCCCAAUGGUGGCCGCGUGUUGCCCGAGGCUGUGAUCCGCAAGCUUCUCCACCAACUGCUGGAUGCUAUCGCGUAUUGCCAUCGCCGCGGAGUCUUGCAUCGUAACCUCAAGCCGAAGCAUCUGCUUAUCAAGACGUCAGACCCAGACAAUCUCAGUGAUGCAACGCUACAGAUCUCCGACUUCGCGCUGGUCCGAGCAACAGGAAUCCCCCGCCGCACAUACACCAUGGAGGUCGUUACGCUUUGGUACCGCCCCCCUGAAAUUCUCAUGGGAGUCCGUGGCUACUCUUCGGCCGUCGAUAUCUGGUCCGUCGGGUGCAUAUUCGCCGAAAUGGCCCAAGGCAAGCCACUUUUCACAGGCAUAUCGGAGAUCGACCAACUGUUCCAGAUCUUUAGCAAACUGUCGACGCCCACGUCGGAAACGUGGCCAGGUUUCUCGUCUUUGCCGAACUACCACUUCGAGUUCCCGCACUGGAAGCGUCGACCAUUGAAUCGCCUGUUCCCGGGAAUCUCGGAUCUCGGCAUAGACUUGUUGACCAAGUUGCUGGUGUAUAACCCGGAUCAGCGCAUUACGGCUGAAGAUGCACUUCGUCAUCCGUACUUCUCCGACGAGGCACCUGCAUUUUUACCACUCACACCAAAGAUUCCUAUGGACCAAAUGUGCUACACGAUGAGCCGAGCACGUAUUGGCCCAACUCCGGAGCAUGUCGAGUUGUUUCAUGCGUACCUGCGUCAGACGGAGCUGGACUCCUGGAAGGAGAUCAAGUACUUGAGCCGGCAAAAAACGCUCCGACCCGCCCACCGAUCAAUGCUUGUCGACUGGCUAAUUGAAGUGGUGGACGUGUUCGAGAUGUGUCUGCGUACAGCAUUCCUUGCGGUCAAUUACACUGAUCGCUACCUUGACAUCGUUAUGGUGAAGAAGACGCAGUUCCAAUUGCUUGGGGCGACUUGCUUGCACGUUGCUUCUAAAUGCGAAGACGUCUCAUAUAUUGGCGUGGAGGAUCUCGCCAUGUGCGCCGACAACGUGUACACGUCUGUGGAAGUAUUGGAGAUGGAAGAAAAACUGUUGAACACUCUCAACUUUACGCUCUCAGUGCCCACUGCGCUGGAUUUCCUGAAUAUUUACGAGCGUAUGAUCCCACCAAUUCAGAAAAAGACGUCCAUGCUUGCGCACUACUUGCUCGAGCUGGCACUGCAAGAGUACCAGUUCUUGAAGUAUCUGCCGUCAGUGGUGGCGGAUUGCUGCUUAUCUAUGGCCAUGUACACGAUUGACGGGUUCCCGAUGACCAAGGAGCUGGUGGAUGCUUGCCAGUACAACUGGUCGGAUCUAAAGGAGUGUAUGGGAGAGCUUCAGACACUGUACUCUAACUCACCGUCGAACAACCUGGCGGUGAUCAAGAAGCGCUACUCGAAAGCAGAACGAUGCCAGGUGGCGAACGUGCUUCCGCCGACGUCGUUCAGUAUGGCAUUUUAG